GCACUGCCCAAGGGCCCGGGGUCAGUAGGGGGCCCCAGGAGAUGCCCCUGGUACCUUUUUCAUAGGUUUUUUUUAGUUUGGGCAAGGACACAGGGGCCCCAUGAUCCUCUAUUGCCCAGGGGCCCCAUGAGUUGUCAGUCCACCCCUGGCGGUAACCCAGACUGGUCAAACACAUUUCCAGUCUGCUGAUUGGACCAUGAAGAAGCAGCAGAAGCCAGAGCAUGUGCCUUCAAACUCAAGUUGGCUAUGGCGGCUCCCAUAUUUCUUUGCUGACCGAUUCCCUUUAAUGAUAGUUCA